AUGGUCGCCCCCUUAUUCGGCAGGGCGCCGACCUGCCUGGGCUGCCUGCGCCGCUCCCUGGCCACCGCCGGCGUCGAGAGCUCCUGGCUCGCCUCGGCCGUCGUCCGCACGCAGGUCCGCGGCAAGAAGUCGAAGCAGUCCCCGGACCAGGGCGUCGUCGUGCGCCUGCUCGAGGACAUCCCCAAGUUCGGCCGCAAAGGUGAGCUGCAUCCAAUACCGGGAAGAGGGGACAAGACGGACAGAGGGCUGACCAUCCGCGCGAAUGAUCAUGCAGACGCCAUCUUCCGCAUCGACAGGGGCCGCAUGCGCAACCUGUGGUACCCCAGCGGCAAGGCCGAGUACAUGACCGCCACGCGCUUCUCCGAGCUGGGCCUCUCCCGCGGCGAGGCCAUCGGCGAGCGCGACCCCAUGUUUGGGUCCUUUGCCCCCCCCGAGGUCGACGAGAGCGACGACUUUGAGCUGUCGUCGAUCCAGAUCCGGACCAUGAGCCCCGAGCGCACAGCAGAGCUCCUCGAAAGCCACCUCCCCCAGACCCUGACCUUCGCCCGCAAGCCCAUCAACGCCCAGCAGCCCGCCGCCGCCGCCGCCGCCGAGCCCGCCGCGCCUCCUCGCUCCCCCUUGCUCGCCGCCCGCGCCGCCGUGUCGACGGGCGCGCCUGCCGCCGCCCCCGAGCCCACGCCCGAGGAGGCCGCCGAGGCCGCGGCCGCGGCCCUCGCCAUCUUCGGCUCCGUCUCGACCCACGACGUCGCCGCGACGGUCCGGCAGAUCCUGGCGCGCGCCGACCCCGAGGCCGGGGCCGUCGCCGUCGUCGAGGCCCGCGACGUCAAGUUCGUCGGCCUCGAGGACGGCGUCGACCGCGUCAAGGCGCUGGGCCGCUGGGAGGUGGACAUCCUGCCUGGCAAGGGCGCUGCCCCUGUGCGCAAGGUCGUGGAGAUUGUGGCCGAGGAGUGA